AUGGAGGAGUUGGCCAGAGAGAGCAUCAGCCUGCUGGCUUCAGCCUCGAGCAAGCCCCCGCUGGACGCGGCCGGGCCCCGCCUGGGCUCGCUGGGGGCCAUCUUCAUCAUGCUCAAGUCCGCGCUGGGAGCCGGUCUGCUCAACUUCCCCUGGGCCUUCGAGCGCGCCGGCGGCAUCCGCAGCGCCGUCACCGUGGAGCUGGUGUCCCUGGUCUUCCUCAUCAGCGGCCUGGUGAUCCUGGGCUACGCCUCGUCCAUCAGCGGCCAGUGUACCUACCAGGCGGUGGUGAAGCAGCUGUGUGGACCGGCCAUCGGGCAGCUGUGCGAGCUCUGCUUCGUCUUCAACCUCUUCAUGAUCUCCGUGGCCUUCCUGGUCAUCGUGGACGACCAGCUGGAGAAGCUGUGUGGCUCCCUGUACCAGCUGCUGACGGAGCUGCCGGAGACGCAGAUGCCGUACCACUUCUACACCGACCAGCGCUUCGGCCUGCUGCUGCUGUGCCUGCUGCUCAUCCUGCCGCUCUCCAUCCCCAAGGAGAUCAGCAUCCAGAAGUACAUCAGCGUCCUGGGCACCCUGGCCGCCACCUACCUGACCGUGGCCAUCAUAGUCAAGUACCACACCAUGCCCACGGUGCUGGUCCACGUGGCCCCCCUCUACACCAGCGGCAUCAGCUCGUGGGGCUCCAUGUUCAGCGUCAUCCCGACCAUCUGCUUCGGCUUCCAGUGCCACGAGGCCUCCAUCGCCAUCUACAGCAGCAUGGAGAACCAGCGGCUGUCCCACUGGGUCUUCAUCUCUGUGGUGUCCAUGAUCUUCUGCCUGGUCAUCUACUCCCUCACAGGCGUCUAUGGUUUCCUGACCUUUGGGAAGGAGGUGAAAGCCGACAUCCUGAUGUCGUACAUGGGCGACGACGUUCUGAUGCUGAUCGCCAGGCUCCUGUUCGGCGUCUCCAUCAUCACCAUCUACCCCAUCAUCCUGCUGCUGGGCAGGUCGGUGAUCCAGGACCCCCUGCUGAGCUGGAGGCGGCGGCGCCACGGCCUGGUGACGGCCCAGUUCGAGUGCCGCAGCCGCUGCCUGCUGACGGUGCUGUGGAUCACCAGCACGCUGCUCAUCGCCGUCUUCGUUCCUGACAUCAGCAAGGUCAUCAGCGCCAUCGGCGGCAUCAGCGCCUUCUUCAUCUUCAUCUUCCCAGGACUCUGCCUGAUCUUCGCCAUGCAGUCGGAACCCGUGUCCUGCCGGACCAGCCUGCUGCUCACCGCGUGGGGCGUGGUCACGCUCAUCUGCGGCGCCUUCAUCUUCGGCCAGAGCACCACCAUCGCCGUCAUGCAGCUGCUGGGGAGGAUCUGAUGGGCCCUCGCUGCGACGCCUGCUUUUAAUCCACCAGUUGCUGAGGGUGGCGGCCCCGGGACCCGGCGACCCCUCCGGCUAGAGCGGCCUCGACCUCAACCCCCUCCCCACCUCACCCCCCUGCACCGCUUCACGUCACGCCGAGCUCCGUCCUGGCCCCCCAGGACCCUGGUCCGCUGUCAUGUGAGGUUCAAGAGAGGCGGAGCUCCUUAGAGACCCAGCAGUCACAUGUCUUUUAGCUCAGCACACGCGCGCGCGUCACUGUCGUCCACCUGCGCACGGUCGAGGCUCGCCCAAGCUCCAGAGGGGGCGCUCACCUGUAAAUAUGUGUACAGACACUGUGGUGCGGCUGACGCGGCCUGUUCGGCAAACGGCCGGU